AUGUCGACCGCUCCUGGCUGCGCUGGCUGCCGCGCGUACGCGUCGUAGGGCGAAGGGCUGCCAGGGGGAGAGCUGCUGUUUUUUUUUCCCCCGCGGCGACGGCGACGGCGUCGGUUCAUCCGCGUGCUCCAAGGCCGCUUUCAAGGCCGCCGCGAAUGUCAGGGUAGAAAAAGGAAGAGACACGCGGAGGGAGGGAAAACACGCGUCCGAGGCCCUCGUCUCCUAUCGGGGGUGGGGGGUGGCGGUGGUAGUCGCGUCGCGAGCUGCCACGAGGUUCACGUGCCUUUCGGCCCGCGAUUCGGCGUCCCGAUUAACCGGUACCCCCGCGAUCAUUCCAGAAUGAUGCUGAGACUCCCGCGGAUGCUGCUCGUCGUCGGCUGUCUGCUGCGCUGUCACGUCGCCCGCUCGAUAGCCGCACCUGCAAAAGCGACAAGUCUGGCUUUAUUGGAUGAAAAUGAUAUUACUCUUCGAGAUGACAGUGAUGACGUCACAACAGAGGAGCCGUCUCUCAAAAAAUGCAUUGUCGACGGAAACUUCUAUUCUCAUAGCCAAACGAUACCGACGCAUGACUCGAAUUCGCAUUGCCUGUGCGUCGUCGGCGAAGUUUACUGCUGGUGGCAGAAUUAUAAUUCGAAUACCGCCUCGUCGCUCAGCCCGUCUUCUCUGCGAUCGACCGCGGUGGAAAGCAAUUACACUUCAUCCCUGGGAAUGAGUACGGACAUUGUGGACAGCUUCGAGGCUUCCGGAAAUUUUGAUUCGUCGGUUAGCCAACAAGGACACAUAGAAAUUAAUAUCACUCUUUCAACUACAACGCCUUCCGUACCGACCACUUGUCUCGUGAUGGGAAGGGAGUAUCGACAGGGUGAGACACUACCACACUCAACGGGGAACUGUGUCGAAUGCAGCUGCGGCUCCGAAGGCCGCAUCGAAUGCUCGCCGAGAGAUUGUGUGGAACUGCAACCCGAGAUAUUAGUCGCACCUGAUAAACCCGAAGUACCCGACGGCGAUUUCGAAGUUUUCAACUUAGCGCGGGAUUGGGAUAUCGACGAAAAUUUCUAAAGUAUCUGAUAACGAGUCGUACAAACUUGUCCGGUUCUGAUUGCUGCGAUGUUAUUAACGUUGUCAAAAGGCCAACUAAUCAUUUAAUUAAACACGGCUUCAAGAACUAUUUAAAGGACAGAUUUUCGCAAAGGAAAAUGGAUUUCCAAGGGUAAGUUAAUUCUAAAAUAUAACUACAAGAUGAAACUCGGAAUAAAUGGAACAAAAAAAAAAAGAAAGAAAUAGAGCUGGCAUUUAUUGAUUGGCGUGAAUAAUUGAGUAACAUUUAAUAUCAAAUUUUCUGCAAUAUUUAUCUUAAAUAUAAUUUUAGUUAAAUAAUAAAAUAAUUUGAUUAUGAGAUUGUAGAUUGUAGAAUUUGCGCAAGAUAAUUUUUGAAACAUUAGACGCUCUUCUUUCAUCACAAGGAAGAAUUAUUUUCUUUCGAUCGGAGGAUGUGCCUUCAAUUAUUUGUCUUACAUCACGGAUGUAAUCAAAACGGCGUAGAAGGCAUAGUCCUAAAGUAUCUAGUCUAGAUUUUUUUAUAAAAUCUUCGAGUGAGAAAAAAAGCCUAUCCAUAAUUGAAAUAUUUUUUAUGUAGAAUAUGUAGAUGGAUCUCAUUAAGAUCUCUUAAAUCCUAGUAGACUGAAUACACAGACUUAAACUGAUAAAUUAAUAUGCAUCUAUUUUAUUAGCUGUAAAAGGUAGAUCUUGUUAUAUUUUCUAUUUAAAUAUUAUGUAAAAUGCCUUUAUUUAAUUUUGUUCGAUUUAGAUUCAAUUUAUAAGUCUGAUAAUAAUUUAACUAAUCGAAAAUUCGUAUCUAUAUAGAUUCGAUAUAAGAAUUUUUUGGUAGACGACGGCCUAUAUAAUCCAUAAAUUAGUCAUAACACAUGUACGUCAGCCCGCCUUGUGUACGUGUGAAAGAUGAUAUUAAUGAGCUUAGUCAUUACCAAUCGAUCACAAUAAUAAAAGAUUUAACAAUACUCUUUGUUAUACCUCAUAUCCAAAUAGAUGCAUAAUCAAAUAUUGUAGUGAAGAUCGUGUUAUUUAUAUCACAAUAUAUACAAUAAUUACACAUAUAUAUACAAUGUGUAAAAGGAUAUAUGUACUCAUACAUACGUAUUUACUGUAGAAUAACGCCAGUAAUGAAUAAUGGAAAUCCCUUGUUACAAUAGUUACUUGAUACGUAUAAAAGUUUGAACAGUAAUAAAAUUGUAGGGUCGGAAAGUUGCACCAAUAAGAGAGAAAGAAAGCAUUUAACAAGCCCUUAACAUACCCCAAUAUAUACAUAUAUAUAUAUAUACACAAUAUAUAUUAUAUAUAUCUUUAUACGCGUAUAUAAAUAUCAUAUAUCUGAUAUUUACUAUUAUACUAUAUUAUAUAUUACAUCAAAAUGUGGAGUAAUAUAUAAUAUUUUAAUUAUAAUUGAUCAUAUCAUACAAAAAACCCAAGUAUUAAAAAAAAUAUCAUUAUAUGUAAUGUGCAAUUAAGAUUACAGUCAAAUCUCCGUAUUUUUAGCAUAUUUGGACCAAAUAAUCUUCUUCCCUCUUCUUAACUUUCAUCCUCUCAAAUCCUACUUUUAUUUUUUAAUAACAGAUACAUAAAAUGAAAAUAUCUCGAUUAUGCGCGUAAUGAUAUUUUUAUUUUUUAGGCAUAUGUGGUUAAAUAAAUAAUACAAAAUAGCAAGCAGAAACGGCACAAGAAAAAAUGUUAAAAAUAUGAAAAUUAUCAAAAUAAAAAUUCCGAGGCAAAGAAUAAAGAGGCAAAGAAUAGUAAUAUUAAGAAUACGGAGGUUCGACUGCAUUCAAUAAAACUACAGUUUUAUAGGCAAACCGCGAUGUUUACUUUUAUAACAUAGUUUUUGAGUUCAAUUUUGUAAAUAUUUCCUAGCUGGUUUUUUGAAGGUUGUGUACUCCCUAAUGUACAAAACAGUUGCAUCGUCUGAGUACCGUUUUUGUAAAAACAACAGUGAUAUAGUAAUUUAUAAGCAACUUUGUUAAUGUUAAACUUAUAUAGAAGAAUUUGUAGAAUGUUUUUUUAUCAUUCCGAGAAAUUAUUUUUCAACGUGAAUUGUAUCGAAAUGAUCGAGUUCAAUAUUCUUUUUCAUGACUGAGGAACCACGCAAUACGUAAAAGUGACGAUAGGAUUGCAUAAUUAUAUACUUUUGCAACGACAAGAAAUUGAUUGUUUAUAAAUAAUUAGACAGCUAAAUAUUCUCCGAACGUAUACUUUAUGAAGGUAUUUUGUCUACGAGUUUACAAGAAUUUAGAUCCAGAGAGUUCCUUCAUAACGACUCUGAUUAUUGCUAUUGAUUUUAAAAAUUAAAAUAUAAAAUUGUAAUAUGAAAUAACACAUUUACUUUUUAAUAUUUAUUCUUAAUUGAAGGAACGGAUAAAUAUAUGCAUGCAAAAAUUAAAUUUCGCGCUUUCUUGUCUCUAUUAAUUUUUAAAAUGUUAAUAAUUCUAACGAAAAAUAAAACAGAAGUAAAACAAGUAGAACAAAUACUGUGAAAUCACGAACCAUUCUUUGCAUCUGAGAUAUCUGAUUUAAAACUUUCAAUCUAUCAAAUAUUAAUUUGGAAAUAAUUUUUUACACAAUUUUAAAAAUUAUUUUUUUGUUAAAAAAAUUGAUAUAAAAUUUAAAUUAAUUUUAUUUACUUAGUUUUUAUUAAAAACAAUACUUCUCCGUUUUAUCUACUUGUUCCUUCAGUUAUUAUUAAUGAUUCAGUUAUUAGUAAUGUUUAUGAACAAAAUAAUUACAAUAACACUCAUGCAACGUUUGUAUUAUUAGAAAAGAAAGUAUAAAUAGUAAAAAGAAAAUAAUAUUUUUGAAAAUUCCUCUAUACAAGGAUUAGUUAUAGUUAAAAAUUAGUUAUAAAAUUAGUUAUAGAAUAACUUCCAAUUAUUGACAAUCCUCAUUCGUUGAAUCCAUCAUGAUAUAAAACCUAAACGUAAAUUCUGUCAAUAUUUUGAACAUAUAAAAAUAUAGUAAAACAAUAUUUUAUUUUAAAUGUAAACAUGUUUAGAAAUUACAAAAGAGACCUCUAAUUUAUACAAGGCUUACAUAAGUUUAAAAAAAUGUUUUUGUAAUUUUUAAGAAAUAACUUAUAAAUUAUUCAAAAUUGCUCUUUUUAUUUUUAUGACGUAUUUUGAGUAACUAAUUGCUGUAAUUUUUAACUAAAUAUUGACUAUUUCUUAAUUUUGCUUCUUACGAUAUAAUAAUUCAUAACUUAUCUUUUUUCAAGUCCCUUGCUUUUUUAUUAUAUCUCACAGUUUGCAAGAAAUUUAAAUCAGAACUGCCGAAAGGACGAUCUUUAAUAAAAACCAUUUCUACUCGUCAUCAUACAUUUGCAACACUUUGGAUUGUACUUAUCAUUUGUAUGUCAUUAAUAAAUUUAUUGACAGAAUACAAUAUUAUGUAUGGUAUCCUUUUUCAUGUAUAAAAAUCUGUAAAUUUUUUAGAAAAUUUCUCGUAAGACAAAAAUGGCACAUCAUCGCGGGACCAUUUUAAUGAAAAUAAGUAGACCAUCCAUUAUUGAUUUCGUUCACACUUAUAAUAAUGAUCUCGUACGUCUUCCAGUUAUCUAACAUGGAAUUGUAUCUAUAUAUAGUGUUCCUGCGAUUAUACACAUGUCUUCAUAGAAAAAUUGUAUUCCAAAUAAAGAAAAAUCUCAUGACA